AUGCGCGUCUCGAUCCUCGCUUCCUUGGUCCUGGCCGGCGGAAGCGCUUCCGUCGCCGCCAGGUGCUCGGGCCUGGGCGGCUCCUCGACAAACUCGACGACGACGGCGCCUUCGUGCAAGUAUCUUCCCGGAGACGAGGGAUGGCCCUCUGCGAACACCUGGGCGCAGCUCAACGAGACCGUUGGGGGACGUCUGGUCGCUACCGUCCCGCUGGGAAGCGCAUGUCACGGCGAUGCUUACAACGCGACUGAGUGCGCUCGUCUGCAGGAGGCGUGGCUCUAUUCGGAAGUCCACAUGGAGUCCUCCUCCUCGGUCAUGGCCCCCCUGUUCGCCAACGCCAGCUGCGACCCUUUCACGGCGCAAGACGUCCCUUGCACCUUGGGUAACUAUGUUAGCUACGCAGUGAACGCCUCUGGGCCCGCGGACGUCCAGGCUGCGCUCAAGUUUGCGGAUGAAAAGAAUGUGCGUUUCAUCAUCCGCAACACGGGUCACGACUAUAACGGCCGGUCGACCGGUGCGGGUGCCCUGGCCAUCUGGACCCACUACCUCAAGGGAACCGAGAUCGUGGAUUGGGAGGACGAGCAUUACGCCGGCAAGGCCCUCAAGGCCGGCGCGGGCGUGCAAGGCUUCGAGGCCAUCGCCGCCGCUAACGAAGCUGGGCUUGCCGUCGUCACGGGAGACACCAUCUACGGCUUGGCCGCCGACAACACCCUCUCCUUUGAGGUCGUCACCCCCACGGGAGAGCUCCUCACUGCCUCGAGAGCAGAGAAUGAAGAUCUGUACUGGGCGCUGAGCGGAGGCGGCGGCGGCAACUACGGCGUCGUCACCUCCAUCACCACCCGAGCCCACCCCGACGCCCCCGUCAGCGGCGCCAAGUUCGCCGUCACCGUCGCCGACAACGAGACGCUGUACCAAGUCAUUGACGCCUUCCACGCCGCCCUCCCGGCCAUCAUCGACUCGGGCGUCAUGAUCAUCUACUUCUUCGGCCCGGGCUUCCUCCAGUCCCCGGCCAUGACGGCCUACAACAAGACCCAGGCCGAGGUCGAGCAGAUCCUCCAGCCCUUCACCGACUCCCUCGCCCAGCUCAACAUCACCCUCCAGCCGAACCUCACCUCCUUCGACAGCUACCGCGACCACUACAACAACUACUGGGGCCCCCUCCCCUCCGGCAACAUCCAAGUCGGCACCCAGCUCUUCGGCGGCCGUCUCCUGCCCCGUGCCGUCCUCCCCGACUUCGGCCCCACCGCGCGGCAGCUGGUCGAGCUGGGCGUCACCUACAUCGGCGUCGGCCUCAACGUCUCGCACUUUGGCCACGACGGCGCCGACGAGAGCGCAAAGUUCAACGCCGUCCUGCCCCAGUGGCGCGACUCCAUCGUCCAGGUCUCCCUGACCCUCCCCUGGAGCUUCGAGGUGCCCUUUGAGGACAUGGUGGCCGAGCAGACGCGCAUGACCGAGGUCGUGCAGCCCGUCAUCGAGGCGGCUACGCCCGGCGCGGGCGCGUACAUCAACGAGGCCGAUUUCCAGCAGAAGGAUUGGCAGGAGACGUUUUACGGCGUGAACUACGAGGCGCUGCUGGGCAUCAAGAACAAGUACGACCCCAAGGGUCUGCUGUAUAACGUGGCCGCUGUCGGUAGCGAGGCUUGGACUGUGGACAAUAAUGGACGCAUGUGCAAGAGCAGCUGA